ACAAGCUUGGCCCAGCUGAACGGUUCACUGAACGUUGGCUCUGCCUCUCCUGUUCCCAUCUCUCUACAUCGCUGCGCAAGCUAACUUAUACCCUUUGUAUGUCGGUUCUGUAGCAUGGAGGCCCAGACGAAAGCCAAGGUCACCGCGAGAGUGGACUACGAUAGAGCACGACCUCCCUCGCCCUUCAAGCCCCAUGCCCCGACACUUUCGCCCCACCCAAUGGUCAAGCCCAAGGCCAAGGUCAACAGCAGUGCGACCGUCGCACACCGCAAGAUCCAAGCACCCCGCGUCGCGUCUCCCGUCCCGCCCGUGCGGAGCCCACCCUCAGCGCGCGCGCCCUCCCCCUUCAAGCCGACACACUCCGGUCUCCCUCAUUCCACGUCGGCUACGAGCGUCUCGAGCGUCAAGGCUCGGCUUACUGCGCGUCCAGCCUCACAGCACUCGCCGACGGCCCCGGAGUCCCGACAGCGGUCGCUCACCACUGUCCCUUCGGACUCGGCUCUCUCCUCCCGUGCCUUCGGUGUGCGCCCACGUAGAGGCAGCGUAUCCUCCCAUGCCUCCUUGACAGUCUCGCCCACCCAUGCCGAGCUCCGGGCUCAGUCGACGAAGGCUCUAGCAUCGCCUUCAGAGGAGAACGGGUCGCCGCUUCCAUCUGCAACGAAAGGCAUCACACGCGUGAAGUCCAAAGUGUCAAGUGUCGCUAGCGGCAGUCCGCAUACAUCACCUCCGGUCUCGUCAAGUCCGACCGCUCACAGCCGAGGGCCAUCCAUUCCGUCGAUCUCUCUGGCUGCCCCACUGCUACCAGCUGAUAUCAACUCAUCACCAGUCCUGACAUCGGCGCAUCCGCCUUUCACGCCAGGAGGAGAGAGUCCAAUACAUAGGCACGUGUACCAACCACUCGCUUCUUUCGACGAUGUUGUUGCGAAGUACAGCAACUACGCAGUAACCGCGAAGGUUGACCCCGCGGCGAUACCGCUCCCACCACAGUCACCUCCGAUGUCGGCCAUCUCUUUCUCCUCACGGUCUUCUGCGUCUCGUUCAUCGGUCUCAUACGAUACUCACGGGACGGAAGCGACUCGUAGCACGGCUCCCACUGUGCACUCUCGGCUCAAUGGACAUAGCAAGUACGGAAGGGCAAGCAUGGAUGGGUUGGACGUGCACUCGGAUGCCCUAACGCUGAGUGAGGACGAGAGCUGGGAUGAGGAGGACGAAAGCGGCGAGGUGCGUGCCCCACGCCGCGACGAUCCAGAGAGGAAGAAGAAGGAUGAGGCCAAGUCUAUUCGUAAGAUAGCCGAUUUGGAGAUCACCAACAAGUCCCUGCUCACAAUCAACGCGUCGCUGGAAGCAGCGAAGCAUAAGCAAGCUAAGGAGAUCCGAGAGUUGAAGCGGAAGCUGCGAGAAUCGCGACUCAUACUGCCGCCUCCCGCUUAUCGCGCGGUGAAGUCGUCAUUGCCGCAUGACGAUACCGCGGAGGAAGAAGAGGAAGAGGCGGAAGACGAGGACGAGGAAGAAGAGCAGAAGAUAAUCGAGGGCAAGGACGACGAGCCGUAUCGUCGAGUCAAGGUCAUGCUAGAGACCAUGCUUGAGACCUGCCAGCGAGCAUUGCAGACGAAACCAGAGGACUUCGUCGAGAAGUCGUGGGGAGUCGCGAAAGUUCUCACAGCGGAGGAGGUCCGCUCGUGGCGUGGUGACGAGACGCUGGAUGAUAUUGACCCGGACACGUCUCUCACGGAGGACCGGGAUGACGAGGAGUCUACUCAGAUGGAGAUGAGCGGGGACGGUGCUUUCGCGCUACUCAACGCCAUGCGGUACGGCGCCGAGACAAGGCAGGACGGCGAAGACGAGGUGGAGGCGUCACUGCUCAUCUCCGAAGACGGCGACUCCUCGACAGUGCCUCCCAUCACCGUGACGCCUUCCCAAUGAUCCGUGCCCAUUCGCGACUCGCGCUGCUAUCGCUGGCGUUGAACGCCAUCACGAACCCAUAUCGUAUGCCUUUAUUGUACUUAUGGAGCUAUACCCAUGAACAUGCACACUGCACCUGCCAUGAUUUCGUACGUCGCACGCAUUCUAUCAUUGUUUUACUGAUACUGCAUCCCCCUCAUUUCGUCGCAUCCUAGUUCAUAGUCGCAUUAGUUACGCCCAUACCUCCUGUACGGUAUAUAACGCUAAAGAAUAGAAGUCUCGGCCAACGGACGGACUCUGCGCUGCCUCUGGCGGACGUUUGAUAAUGCUCAAUAUACAGGUG